AUGGCUGAUGAAUUCGAAGAAGGGAAUGAUUCAGAAAUAAAUGGAGAUCAACGAAAUGGAGGUCGUCGCGAAGCCGAUGAAGGAGAUCCACUUCAGUUGGAUCAGUUUUUACCUCUCCCUAUUCCAAUGUUUGAACAUCAUCAAGAUGAUCAUAUUCCUGCUGAAGCCUCUGUUUUUCCUGUUAGUCUGCCCCCUGCUGCUGAUAAUCACAAUGAUGGUUCCUCAUUCUCUACAGACAUGUUACCUGCGACCAUGUUAGGGGUCUUUGCCGAUGCCCGUAAAGUAACCAAACUUCAUUUUUAUGUUCAAGACAUAUUAAGUGGCCCCAAUCAAACUGUUUGGGAAGUGGCAAGAUCCAAUAUCACUUCCACUUCGCCCACAUUAUUCGGCCUAGUUAGAGUCAUUGAUGAGCAAAUGACAGCCAAGCCCGAUGCCAAUUCAACGAUACUUGGACAGGUUCAGGGCCAAAUUACUUUCGCAGACUUCAAAGAAGUAGCACCGCUUAUGAACCUCAACGUUGUAUUCAAGUCGGGCAUUUACAAUGGGAGCACAAUUUGGUUGUUGGGAAGAAAUCCAAUAUCCGAAACAUAUCGUGAAUAUGCCAUUGUUGGCGGCACUGGUAUUUUCCGAAUUGCACAAGGGUAUGCCAUUACGAGUAUUUAUUCCAACGAUACUGCCACGGGACAUUUUGUUUUGGAAUAUACUCUUCAUGUUGUUUAUGAAGUAUUCCGAAAAUGA